AUGGGCAUUUUUAACAAGUCAUCGAGAUAUGUCUCAUCUCCCAUCAACAACAGCCCUUCGGCCUCCGCCCACAACACCUCUCUGAGGUCAUCCAACUCGUCAUCCUCUGACGACGGUCCAUAUCGCUUGGGGCCGCAACCUUUGGUUUCUCCGGCGUAUGAAGAUGUGCCCAUGUGGAACAUUCUCCCGUCUUAUCAGCUUUAUGAAUCAACUUUUUCAACACACGUGGAACCUGGUGCGCUGGAAGACCAACUGAAUGAUCCACCCAUGUACGAGAUAGCCUCUGGUUCUGAACCAUCAUCUUCUGAAGAGGGAGUCCAUGAUGGUGACUACUUUCUGCAACCGCAGAACAGGGCCAUGUUCACCAGAUGGGAGAAUAGUGUGUUGGGAAACACCCAUAAGCUUAAGAAGUUGCUGACCAUCGCUCCACAACACGCCGAAAGUCUUCGUAUUGAUAUCAAGCUCACUUCCAAACCAUGUCAGAUCGGCGUGGCCCCUGAUGUUAUUGAUGCCAGUAAGCUUGAAUUUUCUCAGGGUGAUUCGAUCCAUGGAUUUGUUACCAUUCAGAACGUCUCUAAGCAAGCUUUCUCAUACGAUAUGUUCUCUGUGCUUUUUGAGGGCCGUGUAUCUGUUAAUGGUGAUGAUCCUAAUAAGCAGGCUGUGUUUUACAAGUUCCUCAAUAUGCUUGACUACAAGGCUUCGUGGACUCCUGCUUACUUUGUUGGCGCUGCUCCUCAAACAGCAGAAAUCGACCCUGUCGAUGGCAGUAACUUGAUGCUCCUGAGUGAUAAGAAGUUUGUUCCUGGUGUUAUUUAUAAGAAGUUCUUCGAUUUUACCAUUCCCGAAGCCCUCCUUGAAUCAGCUUGUGAGAUCCACGAUCUUCCUUGUCAUUGCGAGCUUCUCCCGUCUAUUGGACUCGACAGAGAACAAUUUUUACAACGGUUACGUAAACUUCGUGAGAAGUCGGCCGCUUCGCCAAAACCAGGGAAACCAUCAUUCGGCAUAGGCGCUGCCCCUGAACCUGGACCAGCAAAGGUCCCAGUACCAACUCCUCUUGGCCGUAAACCAACGCCAAAGAACUUGCGCGUGAAAGACUUUUCGUUCCCCGAUACGUCUGUCAGUUACUGUGUGGAGGCCAGAAUCAUUGGCAGACUUUCCUUGUACGACAAGGUAGCCACCAAGGAUAAAGACGAGUUUAUCAUAUUGAAGGACUCCAACUAUCCUGUUAGAAUCAUCCCUAAAAACACUGGCAUCAGAACAAUCGAGCACGAGAGGGGUGCCCAACAGUACUUUGACCAAUUCGUUCGUGAGGUGAAAGCAAGCAUCGAAAUCGGUAAGUCUUUGGAUGGAAGAUCUGAAAACCUUACCAGAAGGCCGUCUGUUCUCAAGAACAAACAGCUUUACACGAGAGAGAGUUUUGAAGAUGUCACCGCCAGAGCACAAGAAGACCAGAUGUAUGAGAUAUUUUUACCUUUCAAGAAGAAAUCUCUUACGGCACCUGCUAAAGUCAUUGGUAUGCUUUCUGUGAAGACACCGAAGAACGAAUAUGUGGUAAGAUAUCAGCCCCCUCAUACUUACAGGCCUUACACAAAGCACAGUGUGACUUUAGGUCGAAGCUUCACAGUUCCACUCGACUUGUCUUUUCUGUUUGUUGACAAUAGCGGUGUAAACCCUAAAACUCAUAAUCCUCCGGACAUACGAAGCGUGAAUGUCGAGCUUGUGCUCUGUACUUACCGUUCUAGAAAGUACCCAAUACCUGUUGAGUUCACCAAGAACAUGCAAUUCCAGAACAAGCCUUCCAGCGACUCACUCGAGAAAUACGUUAUGCAACCGUUCUCCAUGUACUUGUCAGAGUUGUCAAACCUUACCGAGAGGCAUAGCAUUUCAGCUCUCAACCUUGACAACCAGUCAGUCAUGGAUAUCAAGUGCUUGGCGAAUAUCCUGACCAAGUACAACAGCUUCAAGGUUGAAAAUGUAAAGAGUGAUGUCCAAGGUGGAUGGCGCAGUGCGGACGAUAAGGGAAUGAAAUAUAAGAAGAAGAUUGGAGUGUCGAUCAACCUUGACGGGCUCUUUAACAAGGACAUGAACAGACUGUCGGACGAUAUUCUGGCUGAAGCUGUCUGUCUUGUCCCCACGUUCCAAGGGUGUAUCGUGGGCAGAUACUACUACAUGAGCCUCCAAGUAAAGUUACUGAAUAAUGACACCCUUACCGUGAAGGUGCCUUUGAGGAUACAAUACUAG